UUUGCAAAAAAUAGCAUGUAAAUAUUUAAAUAAUUUUUGAAAGCUGUCACCAGUUGGAAAUGAAUCCUGUUUUAAAGCCACUAUCAUUAUCCAAGGUUGCAAUUCCUAAAUGCUCUUGUGCUCUAAUCCCUGACCACUGUAUUUGGAACUGUGCUUAAGAAAGACAGGAAGGAUGGCAAUAAGAUUAAAUGUGAGCUGAGGAAGAGGGGAGGGAGGUAGAGGGGAAAGGAGGGGAAAAAUCUCUUAACAGACGGUCUUGAUCUUCAGGGCCAGCAAAGGCAGAAUGACUUUCCCCUCUCCUUCCCACGGAAGCCAGAGUUAACGAGACAAGGAGAGGGAGAAGCUUUCAUAUUUCCUACAGUCCUCGCUUCUUUUUCAUGGGGCUGAUACUGAAGGUUGGCCUCGGCCUGGAGGAUGCCUCCCAGGUGACCCUAUAGUGACUCAGCCCUUUCACUUGCCUCUGUAAUUAAGCUGAGAAUUAAUCAUUAUUCACUGAUUUACUUGCAAAGAUAUACCUUUCACAAUGGAUACUCAGAACCCUGCAAAGAAGCUGAAGAAGAGGCGCACCACUUUAUUUGCCAACCUGAAGCUCACGGACAGCUUCUCAUGCACCAUAGAUGAGGAGAGAGCAUUCCCGUUCUCCAAGGAUAGCUCGGUUAAGGCAUGGAAUUCCAUGGACAACCUGGACAGCCCUGCCCCCGAGACCGUGCUGCCCACGGCUCAAGAGUUGAAUGCGAAAAGGUCUGGUGCCAAAACCGAGUCAAGGAAGUCAGCACACAUGCUGAACCUCAAUGUUGGCGGUAGGACUUUCCUCAUAUCCAAGCGCAUGGUCAUCAGGUACCCAAACACGCGCAUUGGAUCGCUGGCCCUCUGCACAGACCGCAGUAAGCAACUAGCGUUCUGCGAUGACUACUGCGUUUGCACAGACGAAUUCUUCUUCGACCGGGACCCUGUCUUCUUCAACUACAUCUUUCAGUUUUACAACAGUGGUGUGCUGUGGGUGAUGGAGGAACUGUGCCCCAUCAACUUUGAAGAGGAGAUGCAGUACUGGGGCGUGAGCCUGAAGGACACCCAGCGCUGCUGCCGCAUCCUGUUUGAGGAGAAGUUGGACGAGUUGAGGGACUACCUCAAGGUGGAGGGGGAGCUCAUGGCACAGAUCGAGCACAAGUUUAGCGAGGAGGGCUUCAAGAACAUGUUCUUGGGGGGCAUUCGGAAGUCCUUGUGGGACCUGAUGGAGAACCCUUACUCCUCCUUGUCAGCCAAGGCCUUUGCUGUGUUCUCCAGCCUGUUCGUGCUCAUCUCCAUCGUCGCCAUGACCCUCAACACAGUCAAGGAGCUGAAGUGCGAGGCCAUGUAUGGGAAGAACUACUUUGAGUGUAUUGAGAUCUUCUCCAUCCUCUUCUUCACCUUUGAAUACUUCCUCCGGCUGCUCACCACUUGUGACAUCAAGCAUUUUCUAAAGAGCGCCCUUAACUUUGUGGACCUGGUGGCCGUCAUGCCCUACUUCAUCCAGCUGAUCUUCGAGGCCUUCAGCGACCCGGAGGACCUGAGCACCCAGGACGACCUGAAGACCAUGGCACGCGUCAGCAAGGUCAGCAAGAUCCUGAAAAUUGUCAAGCUGAUGCGCAUCUUCCGCAUACUGAAGCUAGCACGCCACUCUACGGGCAUGCAAGCGUUUGGCUUCACGCUGCGCCAGUGCUACCAGCAGGUGUGCUGCCUCUUCCUCUUCAUCACCAUGGGAAUCUUCACAUUCUCUGCCCUCAUGCACUCAGUAGAGCGUGAGGUAGUUGGCACGCCCUUCAGCAGCAUACCUGAUGCCUGGUGGUGGGCCGCGGUCAGCAUCUCCACUGUUGGCUAUGGAGACGUGGUACCCAUGUCCGUGCUGGGUCGGCUUGUGGCGUUCGGCUGCAUCUCCUUUGGCAUCAUCCUUAACGGCAUGCCCAUCUCAAUCCUCUUCAACAAAUUUUCGGACUACUACGCCAAGCUGAAGGCACAGGAAUACACACAGGCCAGCGUGCAGCGAGGCGUGCAGCUCAAGGCUCGGCUGCGCCGUCGGCUUGAUGUGUGCUUCCACCCCGCAGCAGAGGAGAGCGACAGGCCGAGCUGAGCUUGGAUGAACUUGCUUAUUUUCUCAGGUUUUUCUUUUCUGUCUCCUCCUUUCUUCCCUGUCCUGUCUUUCCUUGUCUUUUUUUUUUUCUUUCUUUCUAUCUUUCUUUUUUUUUUUUUUUUUAUGUUUUGCUUUGUUAAACCUUUUUCCCUGUCCUUCUCUUUUGUCACAAUGGCACAAGCCUUGAAAAAACAGGGGGAAGGGGGAAGAGAACACAAUUAGACAGGAAACUCUAGUGAGCUUCAGGAGAAGUGCACUGUUCCUACACAGAGUGAGAACUGUGAGAAUUGAAAGAAUGUGCCCUAUAACACCACUGAUCUCUCUCAGUAUGACUCAUAGCCUUGCGCGCGUUAGGCUCCUGACGGCGGUCACCACUUUUCUCCUGUCUUCAAUCAACACCAUCUCAGUAAUGAUUUAAUGAUGUUAAAGUAGUCUGUGUAUCAGACAGGCAUUUACUCUCACAAACCUUUGAGGAAGUAGGACUGCGACAGUGUUCCCUUUUCCCCAUCUUUCCCCAAGAAAUCCACGACAAUGAACUGAAGCUUGGAAAUGAAAUCUCAUGACGCUGGAGAGACUGGAUUGACUGAUUAUUUCAGGUUACCAGCAUGACACUUGGGAGAUAGUACUAAAGCUGCAAUAAGGUCAGAUCUCAUAGAAGGAGCCAGAUGAUACACAGGGAAGCUUCACACAGUGCCAAAUGAAGAAUAAAAGGGAACUGAAAAACCUUAUGAGGAUGCGUCAUGAGAUUUCAUUUCCCAGCUUCAGUUCAUUGUCACGGAUCAGUACUGGAAUCCGCUGACGCUGGAGAAAGUCUGCCUUGCAAUG